AUAGGCGGGUUUGUUUUGGUACGGGUGAUUGGUUUUUACAAUGAUUGGCUAUUUAUAUAGUAACAAGUACGCAUGAGUGGAGAUGUUAUAUAAGGGUGUGUAUUUGGUAAAUGAGCCAUUCGAAGGCUCAGAUUCUUAACUUAGUUCACGUUUUUUCCAUGCCACUAUGUCCGAGCAUGAGGACGCAGAGUUAAAUCUUCUUUACGACACAUCAAAUCAAGGCCGCUCUCAACGGGUUUCAAGGGCACCCGAGGUUCAGUCGACACGAAGUACUAACGGCAACGUAAGUGACUUGGCGGAUGCAGUAAGUUUGUUCAAAAGCGUAAUCGAUUCUCAGUUUGCAUCAUUAUCUGAAAAACUUUUGACUGAACAGAAAGCUAAUGCAAAAAGUCUCUCUAAGAAGAUAAAAGAAAGCAAAAGCACGCGAAUUCAAGGGGAAGGAAAUCGCAUUCAAUACAUUUUUAACGAAGAAAUUAUUGAAGACUUAGACAAUCUUUCCAUUGUUGUUAACGACAGUUCGGCUGUUUCUGUAAUAAAUGAUAUUAAAGAAAAAUUGCAGAAGCGCAAUAAGCUUAUCAGGAUUGCAGACAGCAGUCCAGCAGGAUGGAAGACUGUUAGGGAAUACGAGCAGAAUGACUACGCAGAUGACUCGGACGACGACAAAAAGAUUCGCAGCGCGGAGUCACGGGCUAUGCGGCAGAAAUUCCGGGGGAGGGGACGGCCCACACCGUACAGCCGUCCGGUGCCAGCAGCAGCAGGGUCUCAGGCGCAGCUUUCCUCUGGCAGUUUUGGUGGCUACCCUCUACUUAAUCAGCCCUUUCGUGCCUUUGGGGGUUCAAGGAGAACCCCCCAGCCUUCAGACGUGUGUCACAGGUGCUUCAAGACGGGACACUGGAAAAGUCGAUGCCCCCUCAACUACACACAAUCCGCCACAGGGUCUGCAGGGGCAAGCUCUUCAGCCGGUCAAUGAUGGUUUUACAGAUAUAUUCCGCAAGGGACGAUGGGCAGAAGCCAAAGCUUACAACAAUCCCGAGCUGGAUAGACUAUCUGCUCUAUUACCGGAGUACUGUGUGAAAGGAAAGGCAGAGAAUACGAGAAGGAAAUAUAAGUAUGCAUUUAAUAACUUUUGUAAAUGGUGUACUUCUCAUUGUUCGAAUUUGUCCUUUUUACCUUCAACCGAUAUGACGGUGUCUAUGUAUUUAGUUCACAUUUGCCAGGUUUUUUGCUCGUCAGCCAAAAUAGAGGAAGCUGUAAGUGCUAUUUCAUGGGCUCAUAAUUUAGCAGGUUAUCCAAACCCAUGCCAUUCUUCUUUAGUUACACAGGUCAAAGAAGGCGUGUUGAGAGAAUGCAGGAAACCAGUCACUAAAAAGGAACCUAUUUCACCUUUCCAUUUAUUUCUUCUUGCAGAAAAAUAUGGCAAUGAAAACAGCUGUCUUACAGAUUUAAGAAUAAUAACAAUUUGUCUUUUAGGAUAUGCUGGUUUUCUUAGAUUUUCGGAAAUUGUUAACAUCAGACGAUCUGAUAUUUCAUUCCAAGAUCAACAUGUCUCCAUAUUUAUUCAGAAAAGUAAAACAGACAAAUAUAAUGAAGGAUCUAGUGUUUGUAU